GCUUCCUGUUUUUCACAGCUUCUCUGUCCUUCUGCUCGCUCCAAAACCACUCUCCAGAUGAACGUCUGUCCCAGUCCUGGAGGAGACAGCAGCUCCUGGUUCUGUGGAAGUGUGAUGACGCCAGCAGACCUGUUGAACAUCCUGGAAGAUCUGGGAAAUGAGGAGUUUGAUAAGUUCAAGUGGUUCCUGCAGCAGGCCGACAGCCUUCAAGGCCUCGCAGCGAUCAAGAAGAGCCACCUGCAGACAGCGAACAGGACGGACACCGUGGACCUGAUGGUCCAGACCUACAGACUUCCUGGAGCUGUGGGGGCGACUAGGAAGCUUCUAGAGAGGAUCGGCAGGAACGACCUGCUGCAGAGUUUGUCUGCCAGCAGCUCCUCACCAGAAGAGAACGUCAGUGAUGUUGGUGAAACUUCAGAGAACGGUGGACCUUCCUCCUCUCAAAGUCAGGCUCCUCUUCCUCAAUCUGAAGAUGCGAUGGUUCCAGCUCCAGAGCCAUGCUCCAUCACCUCUUACCAACGGAUGCUUCAAUCAAACUUCCAGGAUAAGUUCAUGUGCGCACAAGAAGGCUGGGCAGCAGAUAAACAGCGUCUGGUUGAUAUCUACACGGAGCUGUACAUCACAGCCGGCUGUCACGUUCACAUCGACACGCAGCAUGAAGUCCGGCAGAUUGAGAGGGUAUGGAAGCCAGCAGAAACAGAGAAACCAGUGAAAACCAGAGACAUGUUCAAACAUCCUUCUGGAGAAUACCGACCCAUAAAAACUGUCCUGACCAGUGGAAUCGCUGGAAUUGGAAAAACCUUCCUCGUGCACAAGUUUGUGCUGGAUUGGGCUGAACAGAGAUGCAAUCAAGACGUGCAUCUUCUUUUCCCCUUCACCUUCCGUCAGCUGAACCCACUGAAGGGGGAGAAGUUCACUUUGGCACAGCUCAUCCAUGAAUGUAUCCCAGAAACUGUGGACAUCAAAGAGGAAGCUCUUAAUUCCAUAUUUACGAGUCUUCAGUCAUCAGGAAACAGCAACUACGACAAAAGCAAAUUCAAACUUCUGUUUGUGUUUGAUGGACUGGACGAGAGUCGCCUUCAUCUGGACCUUCACGUUGAUGACAUUCGCUCCGUGGAUGUUACAGAGUCAACUAAAACAGAAGUUCUGAUGAGGAAACUCAUCAAUGGAAAACUUCUGCGCUCUGCUCGCAUCUGGAUAACUACGCGACCUGCCGCAGCCAAUCAGAUCCCUCGAAAGUUUAUCAGCUGUAUGACUGAGGUCAGGGGCUUCACUGAUCCUCAGAAAGACCAGUUUUUCAGGAAGAAGUUCAGAGUUGAGGACCAGGCCAACAGAAUCAUCUCCCACAUCAGGACAUCACGAAGCCUCCACAUCAUGUGUCACAUCCCAGUUUUCUGCUGGAUCACUGCUACGGUUCUGGAGGACAUGCUGAAAACCAGACAGGGAGGAGAGCUGCCCAGGACCCUGACUGAGAUGUACACAGAGUUCCUGGUGUUCCAGAUCGAUCUGACCAAAGACAAGUAUGGUCCAGAGAAGAGCAUUCAGUGCAUUGAGUCGUUAGCAAAACUGGCUUUUCAGCAGCUCGAGAAGGGAAACCUGAUCUUCUACGAGAAUGAUAUGAGAGAGAGCGGCAUCGAUUUCAGUGAGGCGUCGGUGUGUUCGGGAGUGUUCACAGAGAUCUUCAGAGAAGAGCGUGGGAGGAAAGAGAGAGAAAAGAUGUUCAGCUUUGUCCACCUGAGUGUUCAGGAGUUUCUGGCUGCUGUUCAUGUCAGGAUGUCACUUAUUAAGCAUAACCAAAGUGUCAUAGGCUUGCCACCAAAAAUGUCCCUGAAAUAUCUUCCACAACUGUUGAGCAAGAAGACCCCAACAGUGACCCACAGGAUUUUCAUUGACAAGGCUUUACAGAGUCCAAAUGGACACCUGGACUUGUUCCUCCGCUUCUUCCUGGGUCUUUCACUGGAGACCCAUCAGGAUAGACUAAGGGACCUGCUAAUAAAGUCAGACAGAAGCUCAGAGACCAGACAGGAAACAGUCCAGUACAUUAAGAAGAAGAUCAGUGAGGACCUGUCUGCAGAGAGGAGCAUCAAUCUGUUCCACUGUCUGAAUGAACUGAAUGAUGGUUCUCUGGUGGAGGAGAUCCAGCACUACUUGAGUUCAGAACGUCUCUCCACAGAGAAACUGUCUCCUGCUCAGUGGUCAGCUCUGGCCUUCGUCUUACUGUCUUCAGAAGAAGAUCUGGAGGUGUUUGACCUCAAGAAAUACUCUUCAGAGGAAGCUUCGGAGGAGGCUCUUCUGAGGCUGCUUCCAGUGGUCAAAGCCUCCAAGAAAGUUAUGCUGGCCCACUGCAAACUCUCAGAGAGAAGCUGUGGAGCUCUGUCCUCUAUUCUCAGCUCAGAGUCCUCUAAUCUGAACGAGCUGGACCUGAGCACCAACGACCUGCAGGAUUCAGGAGUGAAGCUGCUGUCGGCCGGACUGGAGAGUCCACACUGUACACUGGAGAUUCUCAGGUUGUCGGGGUGUAUGAUAGCAGAGGAAGGCUGUGCUUCUCUGGCUUCAGCUUUGAGCUCCAACUCCUCCCAUGUGAGAGAGCUGGACCUGAGCUACAACCAUCCAGGGGAGUCAGCAGUGGAGCUUCUGGCUGCAGGACUGAGGGAUCCACGAUGGAGGCUGGACACUCUCAGGCUGGAACAUGGUGGCGAACAGAGGCUAAAACCUGGACUGAGGAAAUAUUUUUGUAAACUCAUCGUGGACAGGAACACUAUGAACAGGAAUCUUAAACUGUCUGACGACGGCAGAAAGGUGACACGUGUGGAUGAAGAGGAACCGUAUCCCUAUCAUCCAGACAGGUUUAAAUUCUGGAAACAGCUGCUGUGCACCGCUGGUCUGACUGGUCGCUGCUACUGGGAGGUGGUGUGGGAAGGAUGGGUCUAUAUAUCGGUGAGUUACAGAGGAAUCAAAAGGAUUGGAGGCAGCAGGGACUGCUGGUUUGGAUGGAACGAACAGUCCUGGAGUCUCAGGUGCUCAGAAGAGGGCUACUUUGUCUGGCACAACGACAAAAGGACGGAGCUGUCCUCCUCCAGCGUCUCUCACAGAGUAGCGGUGUAUGUGGACAUUCCUGCCGGCAUCCUGUCCUUCUACAGAGUCUUGUCUAACUCGCUGAGCCACCUCCACACCUUCAACACCACCUUCACUGAGCCUCUCUAUCCUGGCUUCAGAUUAUUUGCUCAUUCCUCUGUGUUUCUUUGUUCUUUGUAAAAUAUAAUCCAUGACAGAUUCAAAGUUGUGCUUCAAACAAAAGAGGGGAAUUUAAAAUUAAUCUGUGAAAACUGAAACACUUUUAGAAGUGUUUUUUUUUUUAGAAGUAUAUGUUUUUGGACUGUGGGAGGAGCCACACUCAGAAGGUUCUAAGCCAGAGU